CGCGUUGAGUUCGGUGCAAAUGUAGGAAUGUCAGAGGCUAAACGGGUACCUCUGCAGACCUUGGAGUUUCCGGAGUCCUUGGGCUACGCCGCGAAGAAGGAGAAAAAAGGGGAAAAGGGCAAACAGCUCGCGCCCUCCUUCCGCUUCACACUUACCCUGCCAGAGUCGAACGAGAAGGCAUGUCCUGAGUUCAACUAUGCACAGCUUCUCAAAGCAGCCGAGAAAAAAAGGAGAAAAGAAUCAAAACGUGGAGAUGACAAUCCGACCAACGGGCUGUCCUUCGAUGAUGAUGACGAUGAUGAAAAAUAUCGUGAUAUGGCGAGACGGUUUGAGGCGAAAUAUGGAACGUCUACCGUGGGAAGAAAAAAACACAAAUAUGACGAAUACGUGGAUUUGGGCGCUGGUUAUGAUGAAAAUGAUUCUUUCAUCGACAACACCGAUGCGUAUGAUGAAAUUGUACCAGAAGAGAUGACUACAGCACAUGGAGGAUUUUAUAUCAAUUGUGGAGCUCUUGAGUUCAGAACAGCAGACCGACAUUCACUUGUUCAUAACAAUAAUAAUAACAACAAUAAUCCUAGUAACGAUGAUGAAAGUAGUGAAAGCAGCGAAGAUGAUACCGAGGACGUGGACAGCCCAAAAAGAUCGGAGAAACGAACUCUUAGUUCAUCAGACGAUGAUGAUACCGAAGAUAUUACCGGUGAUCAACCAAGAAAAAAACAAAAAGUGGAUGACAAUGGAGAAAAGAAAUCAUCUCAUGAGAAUAUAAUUAAAAAGAAAAAGAAACAACAGAAUUCGCAUGAACAGCAAAAUUCUCAACAAGACGGUGAUACUUUGAACAGACGGAAAGAGAAAGGAGAAACUACAGAUGCAGAAGUUUCAGAAGAUCAAGAGGAGAAGAAGAAAUCUGAUAAACCUGAUACACAAAAGAGUAAAAAUGUACCAGAUAAAAAAUUUGAUAUAAAGAAGUUCGAGAAAAAGUCGUCCAACAGCAAUGGUCUUGAUGGGAAGAAGUUAGAAUUGAAAAAAUUAGGUGGUAAAGAUAGUAACAUUGAUGAUGCAAUAGAGAGUGUAGUUAAUGCUGCAAGGGUUGAAGAUGAAUCUAGUAGGGAUACAACAGAUUCUGGGAAAUCUCGAUGUAUAGGUACAGAAUCUGAAUGUGAUGAUGCCGAUAAAGACGAAGCACCAUUGCCUGAUUCCCUUCCAGAAAAUAUUGUAGACAUAGUUAAUAAACUAAAGGCACGUGCCGAAAAUAGUAAAGAAGGAAAAAGUAAAUUUUUUAAUACAGCAGUAAAUACUUUAUUGUUUAGUUUAGAGAAACGGUUAAGGAUGUUGUCUUCUCCAAGCUUGAGGUUAGAAACAUACGGACAUUUAGCAAGAUUUUUACCAUGUAGUAAAAUGGCACUUCAGAAUAGAGCAAAGAAACUGUACGUGCAAGAUCUUGAUUACAAAAUCAGAAAUCUUAUACACAGGUUAAAAGAAGUUAUUAAUGGAAUAAUGCCGUCUGUGAUGUGCAAAUACCUUGGUGAAUGCCAGAAGGUUGCCGAAGAGAAGAAAGUAGAAGGACCGCCGGAAAAUAUCGAAAGUUCAAAUGAUGAAGAUAAUUGUGAAGAUUCAGAUAAGUCAAAAAUUCCUAAAAAACGAUUUCCCUGGACCGAAGAAGCAAAAAAACUUGUUUAUGAAAUCACAAAUAUAAAGAGGCAAUGUUACAAUGUUUUAAGACCAAGAAAAUCAAGUAUGUAUACUUUUGUUGGGACAUUUUUACUUCGACAAGUUCUACCGUUAUGGCCGGAGGGAUACAUGUCAGUACAUACUUUAUUGAAGUUUGUUGACGACACUGAGCCAUCUUUCAGUACAAAAAAGAAAUCGAAGAAACUGAAAGAAGUUGGCAAUGGCAGUGCUGUUAAUUCUUCUGAAAAUGCAGUAUAUAAUUCAAUUGCACGGUCUGAAACAUCAACCGUAACUAAUGCCUCGAUCCAAGAAAAAGAAAAACUUUUAGGAAAUAUAUCUAAAACGCAGAGUACGGAAAAUUCUUCGAAUUUUGUAAAACAAGGAACCACAAAAUCAAAUGAUAAUAUAGAAAAGAAGCAACAUAGUUCAAAAAGUAAAGACAAAAACAAAGAUAUUUACAAUUCGGGGCAUCAACACGAAAAUUCAACAACAGUAUCUAACAAUUCUGCUGUAGGAAAAAUUUCUGUUGUGCCUACCGCUCAACUAAUGGCUCAAAAACCAGUUAAAAGUCACAUGGAGAAGAUUAAUUUGAUGGAUUUAGGUAAUAGUUCUCUUUCUAUCACCCCAGUUAAUGAUUUUCAUAAAUCGUCUACAAAGAUGAGCGAAAGUAAGAAGGAUGUAGUUUCAAUUACCGCUUAUUCCGAAACUUCAAAUGUUCUUCCAAACACAAAUGAAGUGCCUCAAAGUGGACAUCAUUCUGUACACAGACAGGAAGCUUCAUACUCAUGUACACAAUCACAACAUUCAAACUACUCCACAUCAAAUCAAACGUCUACUCAUUCAAAAUCUGUAUCUUUAAAACAUAGAUUACUACACGAAAAUUCUGAAGCUAGAAACGAUAAAAGAGUAGAGGACAAAGAUAUCGAAUUGGUUAAUAAGACUGAGAAAAAGGACAAAAGACGAGAGCGGUGCGUGGAAGUUAAACACAAAUCGCAUGACGUUAAAAAAAGGAAAAAGGACCAAAAAAUAUCGGACAAACAAUUAGGUCAUGUUAAUUCAGAUAUAGUGCCUAUGCAACGACAGCCAUUGCUUACUAAAGAGGAACAGGAACAAAGGCAGAACGAGGAAACAAUUGCUGCUACAACUUACUUGAGUCAAAUCAUUAAUGAUGAUGUACUUCCGAGGGAAAAACGGAAAGAUAUUAUCUCAGAUGAACCGAUAAGUAAUGUGGUACAACCAACGGAUCAGGAAAAAGACGUUCAAAUGGUGAUGAGGUCGUUAAAAGAAUUACAAGAGCUACAGGAAAUGAAGUAUUCACCAAAUCAUUCACCAGUUAGCACCACCAUACAAAAAUCCAACAAGUCGAAUACACAUUGUGCUACUUAUCAGGAUGACUACUCACGCAUAUAUCUUAAGAAAGAUGAUAAACUAAAAUCUAAAGAAGAAUCACAAUGGUAAUAUUCUGGAAUAGCGUGCACUAGAAAUGUAUACUGUGUUGAAUAGAAUGGAGAACGCCAGUGAACAGAUAAUAAUUUCAUAGAGGACUAUAGGCGGAUUUUUCAGUAAAUCUACAUUAUUUUUUAUGAAAAACGCGUUAGCGUGAAAUUGAUCAAAACUUCUUCCAUUACAAGUCGCGUUGAUAUCGUUAACCAAAAUCACACGCUACCGAUUAAUAGCGUGUCGCGAUCUUAUUGAGUCGCAUCAAUUUUUAAAUAUUUUAACAAACCGCCAAAUUAUGUAAAUAUAUAUUAAUUCAUUCAUAAUAAUUUGAAAAUGCGCGUGUACAGAGUAAGUAUAAAUUAUGAAAAAGUAUAUUAAUCGUAUAGAUAUUUGUAAAUAAGUUAGCGUCCAUUCGUCGCCAUGAAUGGGGUGGUCUGUGAAACUUCAUUUUUUUAAUUGUUUAGGUAGUGCUUAUUGACGGUUUUUAAUACGAGUCUAGUAAUAGUUGAAAUUUAUUGGUAUGCCGUGAGUGGUGUAUCGAUGUAACUUUGUUUUAUCCGAUAAUUCGAUUGCGGAGCGCUUUUAAUUUUGCCUGAACUGCCAGGAUAUAGGGAGGGGUGGAUUACUAAACAUACUUCACAUAGUUAUCCAAUGACCACCCUUAAUCAUCGAGCAAAAAAGAUCGUUUCAAACGGUAUUCCAUUUUGCGCACGAACAGUAAUUAUGGUUUUGUAAUGUAAUACAGAAGAAGAUAAUUUGCUUUGUAUAUUUUUCGACGUAUAUUCAAAAUUAAAAUCUUUGCCUUCCAAAUUAUUCAUUCGCAAUAUUUCUAUAUGCAAAUUGUUAGACUUGUUUAUCAUUCACAAAAUAGUACAUGAUUUAAUGGUUUAAAGGAAUAAAUGUUGUUCGUAGACCAGGUGAAAUAACGCGUAUCUUCAUGCUGUUUAUAAAUGCAAAAAGAAAAUGAAACGUAUGUUUAACACAUUUAAAAAGUUAAUUAAAAAGAAAAAAAAGAACAAUGGUUGCCUGAUUCUGUCUACAAACUACAAAACUGUAUAAUUGGUAUGCGACUUAAUUAAACGAUCGAUUUUAAUAACCGGAGUGUAAGAAAAGCGAAUGUGCGUGAAAGUAUUGUUUAGAAAGAGCUACAAUAUUUUUGAAACACAAAGAUUAGUGAUGUAUUAUAUACUGUAUACCUUCUUUUCCCCUCCCUUCAUUACCCUUAUGAUACUUAGAAUACGAUUAAGCGUCUUGUACAAUUCUGCACCGAGAAUUUCCAAUGAAGACGACUUAAAAUAUAAGUUUUGAAUAUUUUUUACAA